GAAUGGACGUCGUCGAAGUUGCAACUGAUCGAUCUCGUCGUUCAUAGUCGAGCUGGACGAGCCUCAAACCUGUGACUCUCGGCUAGCUCCUCUAAUACCUAAGGGAACACGACCCGUCGCCGUUGAGAGUCCCAUCACCAACCCCCAUCACCACAAGUGUCGGCCCCUUUUGCGCCCGCUCUCGCCAGCAGCCUCCCCUAACAGCAUGUGUCGACUGCUGCGGACACGCACACGAUUCCAUGCAUGAAUCGAUCAAUCCAUAACAAGAGCCAUGUCCACGGCAUGAUAAGGUCGCGAAAGUUUCUGGUCCUCAUCUUUCUGGUCUCGGCCAUUGCCUUCACGACAUUACUUCUGCGACGAUCCCCGAGGCUAGAGGAGUCGGCCGCCUCGCUUUUUCAUGGACACCAUGCGCACGAGGAGAACCAGCCACUCCUACCGGCGAGUUCUCUGUUACAUCCGAUCCACCAGCUAGUCAGUGAGGCCGAGAGCGAGUUCCAAACCGUACGGGCUCGACAGUCGCGGUCCCUUCGCGAUGCGGUAGCCGAGUAUCGUAGGCGGUAUAAGAUGCCGCCACCGCCACACUUUGACAAAUGGUUCGCGUUUGCGCAGAAGCGAGGAGUCGAGCUCAUCGACGAAUACGACACCAUAUACCAUCAACUGCAGCCAUUUUGGGCGCUGGAGCCGGCGGUGAUUCGGGAGCGAACAAGAGAAGCGAUAGGGUACGACAAUGCGUUGAUCGCCGUAACGAUUCGGGAUGGCAAGGUUGUGACGAUGGAUGGCGGUGGUGACAGGUAUCAGUGGCAUAGGGAGGCGACGCCCGUCAUGUUGGAGAAUUUCAUCAAAUAUCUUCCGGACAUGGACCUGGCGUUCAACAUCCACGACGAACCGAGAGUGGUGCUUCAGAACGACGAUCUCCAACAUCAUGUUCAGGUUGCGACAGACGAGAAUAUCCCCCGAGCCUACGGCAAUCAAAAACUGAAGAAUCAGUGGUCUCCAAGGCCGGAGGAUUUGGGCGAGGGCAUCCGCAUCAAAGAGUACAAGACGACCCGGUUCAAUCGGUACGCGCACCAAGCUACAUGGAGUGAUUCGCGAAUGUCAUGUCCUCUCGAGAGUGCUGCGCGCUAUUGCCUCAACGACUCCUGUCCCGACAACACUGCGGCAUACUCGGGGCUUCCAUUAGGUUUCGUCCGCAACACGACCGCCUUCUCCGACAUCUGUAACUCGCCGAGCAUGGAAAAGUCGUUUGGCUUUUUCGACCGACCUAACGCCUUUGAUGUGACGCACGACCUGUUUCCUAUUUUCUCGCAGUCUAAAAUCUCCAGCUUCCAGGACAUUCUGUAUCCUUCCCCCUGGUACUACAUGGGCCGAGUGAAAUACGAACCGGAAAGAGACAUGCCGUGGGACGAGAAAGCUCCCACCAUGUACUGGCGCGGAAGCACGACGGGCGGGUUCUCCCGCGACGGCGGUUGGAGACGUCAACAUCGACAACGGUUUCUGAUGAAGAUCCAGCCGACAAACACUGUCAAAAUUCUAGAGCUCGACAACUCUUCCAGCACCGAGACCAUGUGGCGUGAGAAGGAAAUCUCCGCCGCCGAACUGUCUCAUUACUUCGACGUCAAGUUCACCUAUAUCGGCCAAUGUGACCCGGGUGACUGUGACGCGCAGCGCGAGUACUUCGGCACCGUGGAGCCGGUCAACAUGUUCGACGCGUUCGGGUCCAAACAUUUGUUAGAUAUUGACGGCAAUGCCUUUUCCGGUCGAUACUAUGCUUGGCUUCUGAGUAAUAGUCUGGUGUACAAGCUGGCCGUGUUCCGUGAGUGGCAUGACGAGUGGUUGAAGCCCUGGGUGCAUUAUGUUCCGGUCGGCUUGAUUGGCGACGAGUACGCUGAGACCAUGCGAUACUUUGACCAGGAGGAGAGCGGCAAGGUCGAGGCUAAACGUCUUGCUUCUCAGGGUCGCGCUUGGGCCCAGAAAGUGCUGAGGAACGAGGAUUUGGAGGUCUGGUAUUUCAGGUUGUUGCUUGAAUACGGCCGCUUGAUCGAUGAUAACAGGUACAAUAUUGGCUUCAGCCUGUGAAAUGCAGCUUUUCGAUCCCACUUCCAGUUUAUGGGCCAGGCGAUGAGGCUGGCGACCAGUGGACGAAAGGCAUUACUUCGUUUGCUUCACAUUGUACAGUACAGAACAGAACAGAACAGAACAGAUCUUGCCUGGAAUGAAAAAAAGAGAGAGACAGCAGUCCUGCCCGGUGUUGCAAGGGUUGGAAUCAAAUGAGACAGAUAAGUGAUGUACAGGUCUCAUGUUCAUUUCAGAAGUCAUGGCCAGAGUCAGUCGGACGAAGAUCAAGAUCAGCUUCCCCUGCCUCCUGUUCCUUUUCCACUUGCACAGCGGUACCGUCAAGUUGAAGAGCCAGUAGUAAGAUUAAUGACCCUGCCUGGACUCGAUUAGACUGGGCCUGACUUUGUCCUGAAACCUCCUUUGUACAUACCGUAUUCUUUUCCUUUCUUGUAGACUCAGUUUCUACAUGUAUGAUACGAUUGCGCAAAGUUGGGCUGGUUCUGGUGCUGGUUCAAGUCUGUACAUAAUAAAUGCAGGGUUGUACACAUAUCUUAUAUAUACCAGUAUUUCUACCUGUUGGUCUGCCUG